UGACAGUGAAAAUUUAAGUGCAACUUCAUGCCUCAACAGCUGCAUUCUAACUUUAAUAAUUUAAAGAAAUUUGUAUAUUUGUUUCAAAUUAUUAUGUUUUAUAUAUGAACUUUUUAGUAUGAAAAUCUGUUAUACAAUAUUUAUGAAUCAGUAUAAUUUAAAGUAAAUUAUAUUAUCUCAUUACUUAAUACUAUUAGCCACGGAAAUUAACUUUUAUAAUCUUUAGCAAUUUAUCUAAAGACACAGGACAAUAGAUAUAAAUAAGUUUUAUCUGGACAAAGUGAUAUUAUGUAAUCUUGGGUCAUUUACUUAUUUACGAAUCUCAAUAAUCCGUUUUAUGUCAAGAAAAGUUAAGGUGAUAUUUUUGUUAGCGUCCCCCUAUAUGACAUGGGGCCAGCUAAAGGAUAUUUUUUAAUUAAACCUUUUGUUAGCUUUCAAAGUAAACCUUGUCGAACCUCACCUGAAAACUAAGCAGGAAACUUUGUUAAUAAGCGUCAGUGUUGGUCAGUUUCAUUCCAACCAGCACUGAAUAAAGUUGUAUUCUUAAAAGCUUGUUUUCAUUACAGGUGAGUGUUCAAUAUUUUUUAGUAUUUUUCAUAGGAUAUUUUAGUUUAUUCAAAUACAAAGUUACUUAGAUUCAAAAUCAUUAAUUGAGCAUUUUUAUAGUUGAAUUAAUCCUUUGUUUAAUUCAAAUGUUUGGUCAAGUUACAAAGUCUUGGUGUCCAUUCGUUGAAGUGUUCAAAUGUCUUUUCUGGUUUAGGUCUCAGAUGAAGCCUCAUCAUUCUUAGUCAGUUUACAUGUUUUUACAUUUUAAUACUUAAAUGUCGAGUCAUUGUCAGACUAUAUAUUUUUGUACUCUAAAUCAAAAAGGUCUUAAGUUUGAAGUUGAAAUGUUUUGUAUAUAUUUUAAAGAGUCAUUGUCCAAGUUAAUAUUUUUAUGUGUUAGCUUUGAUCGUCAAAGAAUUAACUUUCCCAAGCGUCCAUGGUGUGCAAAGUGAAUAAACACUUUCAAAAGUGUCGAGUCAGUCUAGUUUGAUUUUUGUAAAUACGUUCAUUGUUUUUAUAGAUGUUAUUAAUUUUGAGAAAUUAAUAGACGCGUUCCAGAAAAGAGUUUUACUCAUUCAUUAGAAGUAUUACGCAUUAAAGUUAUGACCAAUGUAAAUACGUUAAUUUGUUUAAUUGAUAUAUUACGCUUUCUUUUGUAAUGUCUGUGCGACACAUAUCGAGACUCUAUUUUCUUUGUCUGUAUUAGUUUCAUAACUAUACUCAGUUAAUUGAAUCAUGGCACGUUAUAGUGUAUGUUUACCUUUUUGGUCUUUGGUUGUAGCAUAUUGAAUUAUCUCCCAUUAUUUGAAUUCGCAUUCUUCGCAACAAAAACAAAGAUGUUGAAUUGUGCACAUAUCAGGCAUUUCCAGUCUCGCAAGCAGCAGAACAUCAGCAAACAUACAAACAAGAACAUCAUCACUACAUUCAGUUGUCAUUACCCCCAGAAAGCACCCAAAACCUCGUUCACAGCUUGGUGGAGCCCUGAAAUUUCCCGUCUCUACUGAUGCCAGGGAGUGCAGACUCAAAGAAGAAAGGAUCAACGCCUUUGAACUUCUACCCAAAUACAAGGUCAUUUGCAGCCACUAGUGAAGAUACAGCACCAACAGAAGACGAGCCAAAUCAUAUAGGUUUGAUAAGCAAUUCAGGCAAUGAAUCCGAUGAACAAAAUUUAAUUAAUCUAGAUUCACCAGAUAAUAUUGAUGUAAUAGUACAUGUUCAACAGGAUGAAAUUCUAAAUAAUCAACCAAUAGUAGCUGUUAACGAUAACAUAGAACCAGAAAAUCUUAUAAACAAUAUAGAAACAAAUACUGAUUUAGAUAUAAUGGCAUCUGGAGGUGUUUCCCUUCCGAAAUUCUAUGAUGAAUUUAACAACAUACCUGUAGAAUGGUGGUAUUUAUUUGAAUCUUUCAAAAUAUACCACAAUUUACAAGACGAUAGAGCACUUGCUUCGCUAGCAUUCAAUUUUGAUGGACAAGCUAAGAUUUGGCUUCAAUCACUUGCUCCAGAAGUCAGAAAUGAUAUGGCAACACUUAAAGCAGCAUUCUUGCUUAGAUUUUCAAACAACAAAUCAAAUAAAUUAAUAUACAAACUACAACAGUUACCUGGAGAAAAUGGUAAUGAUUACUUAACAAGAGUUCAAAGACUUGCUAUGAAUACCGAAUUAGGAGAGAGCACAAUUGUUGAACUUGCCUUAAAUGGACUUCUUCCACAUUUAAAGGCAUCAGUGACUCAAAGUGACCCAAAAACAUAUAAUGAAUUAAGGCAAGCCAUAGACAUAGCUAUAAAUGUGACAGAAUGCCAUAACCACAGCAUACCGUCGACAAAAAGUAACAAUGUACCACAGGUACCAGCAACAACAGAGAAUCCUGCAACUGCUUCCAGCUCUAAUGACAUUAAUUCUUUACUUUCUUCUUUUAUAGAUUCAAUGAAGACAGUUGUUAGGCAAGAAGUUAUGGCUUUAACUCCAAACAGGGAUAACAGAGAAGAAAGACAGUUCUCACAAGUGCCAUGCAGAGGUUGCGGUAAGUCAUGUCGUACAAGAAGGCAAUGUCCUGCAUACAAUGUUAGAUGUUUUAGUUGUGAUAAUAUAGGUCACUACAAAGAGGUGUGUGAGCAAAACGAAAGAAAAAAACAACAAAAUCAAAAUAACAGGUAUAGAAGACCACAACAAAACUUUCAACAAAGAGGAUCAAACUUUAAUCAAGGUCAUAUGAACAAUCAAAACCAACAAUCUCACAACAACUACACACAAAAUUACAGAGGUUAGGGAUACGCGCCUAUCCAGAAAUUGGGUAGGCAUUUCUCAGGGGAAAAGAAGGGACAUGCCAAGAGACAUACAAACAACUCCCCUAUUCCUAAAAAGUCAACAAGUUUAAGAGUGAAGAAGAAGAAAACUCCAGGAGUUUUUCAAUUAGUAACUUUAAACGUAAAUAAAAUUCAAAUUGAAGUUUACGGCAAAAGUAUAAGUUGCUUAGUUGACACUGGGGCAGCUAUAAGCUGUUGUUCUAAAAACUUACUUAACUUCUUGGGAAUAGGCAAAGAUAAGUUACAAAAUUCAAACUUAAAAGAUGCUAUGGGAGUUGGUGGUAAUGUCCUUCCUAUUUUAGGUGUGAUAUCUCUUCCUUUAGUCAUUGGCAAUAAUUCUUAUUGGAAUGAUUUUUAUGUUUUUGAAAAUGUACAGCAGAAUAUAUUACUAGGCAAUGACUUUCUUCAUCCCAACAAGGUAGAUAUUUUGAAUUCAGUUGGAUCUGUUUUCUUUCCUGACAAAGAAAACAACACAAUCAAUACUCUAGAGUUGAAUUCAGGGCUGGCUAGAACUGUUAGUGGAACAACAAUUCCACCUUUUCACCAGGCUGACAUACCUGUUACUAUCUCAAAUGUGCGAAAUCAGGUUGCUCUUUUAGAACCCUUGCCUUCUCUUCCAGAAAAGUCACUUGCAGGAGCAAAAUGUUGUGUUUCCCUAUAUGAAACAAACAAGUCUAUUCUUAGAGUCAUGAACCCUACUAAAGAUGCAAUUUAUCUUCCUGCCAAUUAUGUAGUUGCUUCUGUGUCUGCAGUGCAACCUGAAAUGGUACUACCAAUGUCCACUUCUUGUAACCAGUCCCCACCCAAAAUACCAACACAAAAUGAGAAAUGUGAAGAAGAGUAUUUAGACUUUGACUUAAAUAAUGCUGACCUUAGUUCGGAACAAAAGCAACUUUUGAAAUGCUUUCUCAAUAGAAAUCGUCAAGUUUUUGCCAAGGAUUUAAGUGAAUUAGGUCAUACCCACCUGUAUAACCAUGUCAUAGAUACAGGUAAUGCCUUGCCAAUCAAAAAGCGCUUUUAUAGACAGUCACCACAGGUUUUGGCAGAUAUGAAUAGACAGAUUGAUCAAAUGUUAGAGUAUGGUAUUAUAGAAGAGUCAGAUAGUGAAUGGCAAAGCCCAGUGGUCAUGUGUAAAAAGAAAUCAGGGGAAUUAAGGUUCUGCGUAGACUAUAGAGCCGUAAAUAAGAUCAGUCGCCCAAAAUUUUUUCCGUUACCACGGCUAGAAGAUGUAUUUGAUGCAAUUGGCCAAGCAGACGCCAACAUUUUUAGUACGCUGGACCUCUUGUCAGGAUAUUGGCAAUGUGGCCUUGACCCUGAAACAGCACAUAAAGCAGCCUUUGUCACCCCUAGUGGAGUAUAUCAGUGGAAACGUUUACCAUUUGGUUUGGCUUCAGCCCCAUCCUCUUUUCAACACUUGUUGACUCAGGUUCUAAGAAACCUAAACUACAAAAUUGCCCUUGUUUAUGUAGACGACAUUUUGAUAUUUAGCAAGUCCUUUGAGGAACAUUUGAAACAUCUCCAGUUGGUUUUUGAUAGGCUCAUUUCUGCAGGUCUUACUCUCAAGCCCAGCAAAUGUCUUUUUGCUCGUCCCGAGGUGAUCUAUCUUGGUCAUAAGAUUUCAAAAAAAGGAGUUCAGGCAGAUAUUUCCAAAGUAGAAGCUGUGGAGUCAUUUCCUGUCCCGAAAACUGAAAAGAAUGUUCGGUCCUUUCUUGGCCUAACAAACUAUUACAGGAAGUUCAUAAAAGGGUAUAGUCACAUUGCAACUCCACUAAAUAGACUCCUCAGAAAAGAUGUUCCAUUUGAAUGGUCAGAAAAGUGCCAAAAGGCAUUUGACCAACUCAAACAAUCUCUCUGCUCAUCACCUAUAUUGGCUUAUCCUAAUAUGUCAAGACCAUUUAUUCUCACUACUGAUGCCAGCGGCUCAGCUAUUGCUUACAUAUUAGGUCAAUUGGACUCUGAAGGUCGAGAAAGAGUGAUUGCAUAUGGAGGUCGUUCUUUGUCUGAAGGUGAAAAGGCCUGGCCAAUUAGUGAAUUGGAAUGUCUUGCUGUUCUUGAAGGAAUCAAGACCUAUCAUGUUUACUUGGCAAACAGUCAUUUCAAAGUCUAUACUGAUCACCAUUCACUCAAGUGGUUAAGUUCUAUCAAGCAGUCAACAGGUCGUUUAGCAAGAUGGUCAGUUCUAUUGCAAGGUUAUAGUUUUGAUAUCUGUUAUCGGGAAGGCAAUAAAAAUGGAAAUGCUGAUGGUCUGUCUAGAAGAGAAUACUCUGUUUCUCAGUCCUCUUUAGAGCCUGAAGACGCUAUCCCCUCUGUAGAUGUAAACCUAGUUUCAGUUGAACAAGAAACAAAUGAACAUUUACAAGUAACUUUUCUGUACAAUUCUUGUAAUUCACCAACCCCAACUAUCAUGGAAAUCACCACUGGCAAUGGCACAGAACAACCAGUUCCAAGCACUAAUGAAAAACACCCAGAACAAAUUACUGAAGUUAUACCAGAGAAUGUUGGUGAAUCCCAAAAGGAAUGUCACGAUUUCAAACACAUUUAUGCUUAUCUUGAAACAGGUGUCCUUCCAGAAGAUAAAAAGUUGGCAACAAAAGUUUUCUUAGAAGCUAGUCAAUAUGCCUUGCUAGAUGGUAUCUUGUUCCAUUUCUAUCAACCAAGAACAAGAGGUAGAAAAAAAGAUAUCUUUGUUAGACAACUUGCUUGUCCUCGUCAGUUUCGAAAUGACCUUCUUAAAUCUUAUCAUGAGUUGGGACACUUUGGCUUUGACAGAACUUAUCUUGCUAUCAAACAAAAGUACUUCUUUCCUGGAAUGUAUCAAGCAGUCGCAGAUUUCAUUCGUGGUUGUGAUUCCUGUCAGAGAGCAAAGCCACAUGCUCAUGCUAAAAGAGUUCCUUUAACUCCCAUGCCUAUUCUGGACACUUUUUCACGAUGGCACAUUGAUCUAAUUGGUCCCUUCAAAGAGACAAAAUUGGGUCAUAAAUAUAUCCUUAUUGUGGUUUGUGCUUUUAGUAAAUGGACAGAGGCCUUUCCAGUUAGGUCAGAAACUGCUGCAGACAUUGCAGAAGUUCUUCACAAAGAAAUAUUCUCUCGUUAUGGAAGUUGUUCUAGUUUGGUCUCAGAUCGUGGUCAAGGGUUCAUGAGUAAGCUUGUGGCAGCGGUUACACAAAUUUACAAUGUGAAACACUAUUUCACAAGUUCUUACCAUCCACAGACAAAUUCUGUCGCUGAACGCACCAACAAAACAGUUAUUCAAUGCUUGAAAACUAUCGUAGAUGAAAAUCAGUCAAAUUGGGCUGAACUUCUUCCUGGAAUACUCAUGGCUUUUCGAAUGUCUCCUUCAGCAUCCUCAGAAUUUUCUCCUUAUCACUUACUCUUUGGCAAAGAAAUGAACUUACCAGUAGACACUACUCUUCUUCCAAAAACUGACUUAAACAAAAACCUGAAGUUCCACAUUGAAAAUAUUCUUGAUUGUCUGAAGAUAGCCAAAAGAUGUGCAACUGACAAUCUUCAAUACUCACAGGAGAGGCAAAAGUCACAUUAUGACAAGAAUACUGCAUUGCCACAGUUUGAAAUACAGGACCUUGUCCUUAUUCACAAUCCAAAAGUUCCAGUUGGCCUAUCUUCUAAGCUUCAUAGGAAAAACGAUGGUCCUUUCUACAUAGUUGCAAAAGGACCUCACCACACAUUCAAGUUGCGUCGUUGUGAAGACAAUAAGCUGUUAAAAAGCAUGAUAAAUUCAAACAGAUUGAAGAAAUACAUUCCCCCAGAUCAUCGCCCAGAUCAAAACGCUCCUCCCCCAGAUGAACCCCGCCCAGACCCCCGAAGAACAGAUCAACCAAAUUUUCAAGAACCAGAGCCCAAUCCAGAUCCAAGUCAAAAUAGUCAAACCAAUAUACAAGAUAGUGAUGAACCAGUUGAAGACAAUUCAAAACAAUUUUAUGACAUUGAAAAACUUCUACAACGUAGAAAGUACAAGGGUGAACCUCAGUUCUUAGUCAAGUGGGUUGGUUUCAAGGAAAAAACAUGGGAACCAGAACAGAAUCUUCCCAUUCAAUUAGUUCGUCAGUUCCUGGCGACCAAAACUCAAGGAGGUAAAAGAAGAAAAAGGUCCAUUAGGGACGCUGGUCUACAGGACCCAACAGUUUAGAUAGUCAUGUUAAAGUCAGACUUCUAGGUCAGUCAACUCAUCCAUUGAGUUCAUUAUAGCCAAAAUUGUUCAGUUCUUUCAAUUCGAUUGUAUUUUCAAAAUACAUGCAUAUGAUAAAUUCAUAUAAAAUGAUAAUACUCCAUAGUAAAAUUGUAUUUCUCUAAUGCACCCUAAUUAUCUACACAUGGACUUGGCAUAAUUUAGACUCAUCUACUCUAGAUAUUCUUCAAUCUUUUGUUUCUGUGUGGUGUUUGUCAAAAUUAUGAGGUUUCUCAUGUAAAUAGUGCUACGAGGGAAGAGCUCUCCCUUAACCGACUCACACUACACAUCUCUUUACAUUCUUUCUUUGUUUUCUUUAGGUGCUUUGAGUUAUGCCACAGUUUUUUCAUGGAUUCUCUUGGUUGGCAUAUAUGCCGUAAAUGCAGAUGGAGAAGUACAGAUGCACCGCAUCAACUAUGGAGUAACUUUUGCUAAGGAAGCAAACAUUGUUUUCGGUAGUG